AUGGCCGACAGAUUCCCUUCGCUAGAGGAUUUCGAUUCGGGUGCCCAAACCGACAUCAAGGACUCCGGCGCCGAACCAUCCACCGACGACUUCCUUGCCCGCGAGAAGGCGCUUCUUGGUGACGACGCCGAUCAGUUUGCUACUGGUGACGAUGCCAUCGCCUUUGGAGCCGGCGACGAUGAUCUUCUUGGGGGUGGAGGCAGUGGAAACGUCAUCAGCGAGGAGUCGACAUUCGAGUCGCAAUUCCCAGACCUUGCCCAGAACGAGGCUGUCGCCCCUGGUCAGAUUCCCGGCGCUGGUAUCACCGCUGCUCCUAGCGUAAACUACAACUCCGGCUACAACGCCUUCGUCGAAGAGGAAGAGGAGCCCGCGGUCAUCCGUGAGUGGCGCGAGCAGAGAGAUGCGCAGAACGAGAAGCGGGCACAGCAAUUCGCUCAGCAGCGCGAGGAGACGAUCAAGGAAGCCAGAGAAAACAUUGACGAUUUCUACAACAACUACAACGCCAAAAAGGAGAAGGGUAUUGCCCAGACGCAAAAGGACGCCGAGAAGUUCCUUGCUAGCCGUGAGGAUACCGUCUCCGGCGGCACGAGCUGGGAGAGAAUCGCGAAGCUGGUCGAUGUCAGCGGAAAGGGCUCUAAGGGUGGCGCCUCCGGCUCCGGCAAGGAGCGCUUCCGUGAGCUCCUCAUCAGCCUGAAGAAGGACGAGAAAGCACCUGGAGCCAGCGGCUACUAG